AAUGCUGAAGAACAAAUUAAAGGCAAAAGUAUCAUAAAUUGGAGCACGUUAAAAAAAAAUUUGUGGUUUUUAAGCUUGGCUUUAUAGUUAUAGUUACAACGGUUCCCCACUUCUCUUUAUUUUCCACUCUCACUGAUAACUCACUGUUAUCUUGUCCAAUUUCAUUCUCUCUCCUCUCUCAUGGCGGCGGUGUCCUUCAACAACAAUGGCGGAAAGAUUGGAACUUUGUGUUCUAAACCCGAAUUUGUUUGUGGGUUUCUCAGAAAAUUGGAUUUUGGUGCUCAAACAACAGUAAUGGCAAAACCCAUGUCCAAAAUUUCAAAGUUGAAGGCAAUGGAGGUUUCUUCAAAUACUUCAGUAAAUGCUGUGCCUGUUUCAGCUCAUCCCAAGGUGAUGCGCCACACAAUUUCAGUGUUUGUUGGAGAUGAAAGUGGGAUCAUCAAUAGGAUUGCAGGUGUUAUAUCUAGAAGAGGUUACAACAUAGAGUCUUUGGCUGUUGGUUUAAACAAAGAUAAGGCUCUUUUCACUAUAGUAGUAUGUGGGACUGAUAAGGUGUUGCGCCAAGUAAUGGAGCAACUUAACAAGCUCGUGAGUGUCUUGAAGGUUGAAGAUCUGUCGAGAGAGCCACAAGUGGAACGUGAAUUGAUGCUUGUGAAGCUCAAUGCUGAUGCAAAUACCCAUACCGAGAUAAAGUGGUUAGUGGAAAUCUUCAGGGCAAAGAUUGUGGAUGUCUCAGACAGCUUGGUCACUGUUGAGGUGACUGGGGAUCCUGGAAAGAUGGCUGCUGUCCUGAGAAACUUUAGCAAGUUUGGAAUUAAAGAAGUUGCAAGGACAGGAAAGAUCGCUCUAAGGCGGGAAAGGAUGGGUGAGACAGCUCCUUUUUGGAGAUUCUCUGCUGCUUCUUAUCCAGAUCUAGAAGAGAAGGCUGUUAAUACUCUUGUCGAGUCUACAAAAAGAAGUAUCAAUGGUGACCCUGGCUCAUCAUCAACUGGUGAUGUUUAUCCCGUGGAACCCUAUGAUAAUCCCAUGGUAAAUCAAGUACUCGAUGCUCACUGGGGUGUUCUUCAUGAUGGUGAUUCAAGUGGACUCCGAUCACACACUCUGUCCAUGCUUGUGAAUAAUGUUUCCGGGGUUCUAAAUACUGUUACAGGAGUAAUUUCUCGUAGGGGUUAUAACAUUCAGAGUCUUGCUGUUGGCCCGGCUGAAAAGGAGGGUCUUUCUCGUAUCACAACUGUGGUUCCUGGAAAUGACGAGUCAAUUGGAAAGUUGGUACAGCAACUUAGCAAGUUAGUGGACCUUCAUGAGAUUCAGGAUCUUACUCACCUGCCAUUUGCGGAACGAGAGCUUAUGUUGAUCAAAGUAGCUGCAAAUACGUCUGCCAGGAGAGAUGUUCUUGAUAUUGCCAAUAUUUUUCGUGCAAAAGCUGUAGAUGUUUCCGAUCAUACCAUAACCUUGCAGCUUAGUGGCGAUCUAGACAAAAUGGUUGCGCUACAGAGAUUAUUGGAACCUUAUGGCAUAUGUGAGGUAGCGCGGACUGGAAGAGUUGCACUGACUAGAGAGUCUCGAGUAGAUUCCGCAUUAUUGCGAGGAUAUGCUCUUCCCUUGUCUGAGUAACAAACUCACCGGCUAGGUCUUUCCGACAAUAUCCACCUGAGGUCGAAAUUCAUGUUGCUCUUCUGCAUUUCAUGAAGAUCGAAUGCAAGUGACUCGGCGUGAAGGCAAAUUCCAAUCUUCGCUUUGAAGAUGCUUUUGCUAUCAGUAGGAAUAGGUUUUGUAUUCAUCUGUUUUACACACCUUGUAUUUCUGUAAUAACAAAUUACUGGAAGAAAAAGAUCAUGGAAGUUUUAUGUUUUAGGUAGCCCAUCUAGCCAAGUAGUUACCUAAUAAGUUCUCUCUAAUAAUUGGUUGUGCAAUAACUGAAAGAUCACUACUUCCAGGUUUUGAUAUUUUAUCUUGUUACCUUAUUAUAUGCA